AUGCAUAUUCCUUCGAAAUACGGACUGCUGGCCGCCAGUGCCAUCCAAGCAUGCUCUGGAUAUGUUGCCCAGCCUAGAGCUAACGAUGCAACAUGCAAGAGUACUACGAAAACUACUGUUGCUAUUCUGGGCGGUGGAAUGGCUGGCGUUACUGCGGCCCAAGCGUUAACAAACGCAUCUGUCACCGACUUUCUUAUCCUGGAAUACCGUGACACCCUGGGUGGUCGCAUGUGGCACACGGACUUUGGCAAGGACGAGAACGGCCACCCGUACACGAUAGAACUCGGUGCAAAUUGGGUCCAAGGAAUUGGCUCGAAUAAGACCGAAAACCCUAUCUGGCGCCUGGCCAAGAAAUACAACCUUAAGAAUCACUAUUCCAACUACGAUUCGAUACUCACGUAUGAUGAGCAUGGAUACGUUGAUUUCCAGAACGUGCUGGACGAGUACAGCGAAGCUUCCGAAAAGGCCACCCAGGAAGCUGGGAGAUUGCUGGUCCAGAAUGCGCAAGAUAUGACCGCGCGAUCCGGCUUUGCCCUCGCUGGAUGGAAUCCUGGACACGACGACAUGAAGGCCCAGGCUGUGGAAUGGUGGAACUGGGACUGGGAAGACGCCUGGACACCAGAAACCAGCUCAUUCAUCUUCGGAAUGGCCGGAGAAAACCUCACCUUCAACCAGUUCGGCGAAGACAACAACUUAUGCAUCGACCAACGAGGCUUCAACGUCCUCGUCACCGAGGAAGCAAAAACCUUCCUAAAGCCCGAACAAGUCCGUUUCAACACGCAGGUGACACAGGUCGACUAUUCAUCCGACGGGGUGACCAUCCACACCAAGAACGGCGAUUGCGUCCGCGCCGCCUACGCCAUCUGCACGUUCUCCGUCGGCGUCCUCCAGCGCGACGUCAUUAAAUGGGAACCAGAACUCCCCCUGUGGAAGCGGACCGCCAUCCAGAAGUUCGAGAUGGGCACCUACACCAAGAUCUUCCUGCAGUUCAACGAGACCUUCUGGCCGGAAGACAAGCAGUUCUUCCUGUACGCCUCCUCCACCACCCGUGGGUACUACCCUGUGUGGCAGUCCCUGUCUACGGAGGGCUUUUUCCCCGGCUCGAACAUCAUCUUCGUCACCGUCGUCCAGGAUCAGGCCUACCGCGCCGAGCUCCAGUCCGACGAGGAGACCAAGGAAGAGGUCAUGGAGGUCCUGCGCCAGAUGUUUCCCGACAAGGACAUUCCAGAACCCAUCGCGUUCAUGUACCCGCGCUGGACGUCCGUCCCCUGGGCGUACGGGAGCUACUCCAACUGGCCGGCCGGCACCACGCUCGAGGUGCACCAGAACCUGCGCGCCAACGUCGACCGCGUGUGGUUUGCCGGCGAGGCCAUCAGCGCGGAGUACUUUGGGUUCUUGCAGGGUGCGUGGUUUGAGGGGCGUGAGGCCGGUAUGCAGGUUGCUGGCCUGUUGCAGGAUCGAUGCGUGAACAUCUACGGCGAUCGGGUCUGCGGACAGCGCGUUCACUAUGACCCAUUGCAGGGUACAACGCCGAUUGAUGCCUACACGCUGAUCAAUGGCUGGCCUGUGGAUAGUAUAAAUUUGGAGUAG